CUUCAGCCAGCGCGUGUUGUCCGGCCGUCGUAAAAACGGGUUAAUUUGUUGUGUCCAACAUACGUUCCGUUGAUCGGGGAGGGCUCGUCAAGGUGUGUUCGGUGGUUCUCUGUACCAAGAAUUCCCAACAGUGCAGUUACAGUUACGCAUUCAUUCAACCGCAUUCCGGACGUCAAGAGGGUUGAGUUUCGAAAAGUUUUCUGGCCUUGUGUUUAGCGCGUGACAACCCCUUUUUCUAUGCUGCAAGUGGUGGUGCCGCGACUGUUGAUAUUGUUCCGUGGGUACGCACGACAGUUUCUGUGUGUUUGUGUGUGUUUGGGUUCUGUUUGCUUCGGAUCUUUGUUUGUCCGCUCCUCCGGCAAGCCAAAAACUCGGUUGCAACAAGCGAGUGGCGACGGCUGUUCCCCCCAACAAAAAAAAAAGGUCGCGCUUCCUCCCACUUCCCAAAAGUGCGUGGUGCCGACUGGCGUCGUGCGUGUGUGCGUGUGUUAACGUUAAACGUGUGAACGAAAAGUGACAAAGAAGAUUGCCGAAAAGCAAGGGGUUUAUUGCCGCCAGUGAAAAGCCGGAGAUAAAAUAGGCAGUUGCGGCCAUUUUUACCAACAACCGUCGCCAUCCGGGUUUGCCUUUUGGUGGAAUCUUCGCGGUGCUACGGUACUACACAAUCGACGGCUUUGUCGUGUGCAUAUCGACGUGCCGUCUGAGCAAACAAUCUAGCAGGCGGGUUAGAAAAAAAACCCUUCGAACCACUACGCUACAGACAAACGGAAGUAAUUGCUGGCCGCAGGUGGUUAUUCCUUUACGAAGCAGCUGCUUUCGAGCGAAAAGACAAUCCCGUUAGCAGACCUCGUCUUCAAGUUCAUCGAGCUCUCUUCCAACACCAACUUCGUUACCAUAGUGAUGUCUUCUGGUAAGGCGACGACAGCUCCAACCGAGCAGCCGGCGACGGUCGACGAUCUCCAAAUGCCGUCACCGGCGCGUAGCGAUUCACCGUUGUCACCGAGACCGGCAGGCGGUGGCGGCAUACCACCGGUCGCCAACUUCUCCGUGAUAAACUACGUCGGUAAAAGUCAGAAGCAAUCUGCAGUUUGUAGGCUGUCUGGACGAAGCAGGACGGCACCGUACGGGAAGAGCAGUCCCCGGCCGUGCGUCAUCAGUGGGCCCGAGCCGCAAAUUGAUGAAACGACAAGCUCAUCGUCGACAUCGUCCAGCAGCGAGUUCAGCUGCGGAAGUAGUACCAGUAUCAGUAACAAUGGCAGCACCGUCAGUAAUAGCAACAGCAGUAGCAGCAGUUGCAGUGGUGCAAACAUCCACUGUAGCACCAGCUCAGAGCCGAGCGAUCCGAUGGACAGUAUCGAUUCGAUGGAAGAUGGUAGCAGCAGCAGCAUGGUUGGCCACCGGGUGCGGAGUCGACGAUCGAUGAGCGUAUCGUCGAGCGGCUGUUCCAGUUCGAUGGACGAUCGAAAUUGUGAUUUCUCACCGUUGGGAAGCAUCGUUAGCUGCCAAUGCAAUUCGUACAGUAUGUCUGAUUUUGAUGACGAUGGUUUCCGUGAGGAUAGCAGCGUUUCGACCGCGUACGCAGUAAUGUCCGCUUCACGGUCGUACCAGUCGCACCAUCCGCUGCAUCAUAACCAUCAGAAUGUACCGCAUCAUCCGAACAAUCACAAGGGUCUGUUCGAUAUAGCGCUGAAGACGGUACGAUUGAUUCGGCGUAAUCAGGAGCUGCAGCUACGCUUGUCCCAGUUGCAGGAGGAAACGAAUGCCUUCAUCGAAUCGGUAAUGGCCAAUCCGGAGAACGAGACGCUACGCAGCCAGUUCUAUGGACCACAGAGUAAACAGAGGAUAACAGCUCCAUUGACGGUACAAAAGUGAACAGCCAUACUACACCCGCCUAUCCUGCGGGAUCAUCGUCAUAGAGAAUAGACUGCAGAGAAAAAAGGCUUCUUCAGAAAUGAAUCGGGGUUGAUUUGAAGGAGAUUCAAUCAAACGCAUCAAAUGUGUAAAGCGCUACAAAUGAAGAAGAAGCUAUGGACACACACUCUCUCUUUCUACCUUCCCUCUGAUUCACCGGUUGCCAUCUAUAUGCACGUAACGUUGUUCAGAUUCUGGCAACAUCUCACCAUCAACAUACUCAGUGGACGACAGGCACAUCCUCGGUGUCAGUGGUUCUAUUUCGGUGAUUCGAUUGACACUGACGCUAUCGCUGGCCACUCUAUGUUCUAUUUAUUAUCCAUCAUAUUUACGACACAUAAAAGAUGUACAGCGUAGUCGAAGUAGUGCAGUCAAAGCAUACACAUAGUCCGGAAUCGCGGGAAACAAGACACCAGACACUGCUAGCGUAGCGCUAACGCGUAUCAAACUUCCCAUUAUCAGUAGCAUUAGGUAGAAACAGAAACUCUUUUCUAUAAGCAAUCAUACUACAGUCUGUUGUGAGAUCAAAGCGUAAUAUUGUGAAGGCUUUUGCUGGAUUUUGAUGCAUUUUGGGGAUAUGAAAUGAAUGUAAAUGUGGUAGAUGAUAGUGUUUGCGAAAACAAGAUACGUUAGAACGGUAGGAAGGAUAGUGUAGGCACUUAACACGAGCUCAAUGUUGUUCCAAUUGCUUGGCUCUUUACUGUCUGCUUCCAGUGUUUAUCAAAAUCGAUCCAAUCGAUUCAACAAGUGAUAGCGUCAAAAGCAACUCUCCGAUAGCUGUGCAUAACUUUUACGGAGUGUAUAAAUCGGGGUGGUAAUUAACUAUCUGGCAGCUUUCUUUUGCUUUGUCAUCAACCUUUGUUUCUCAAAAUUUCAAGAUAAGCUGUUUCGUUCGCUAUUAGCACGCUCGUAAUUGUGGAAAUUAAAUAAUAUUUUUCGUAGCUGCAGAGUCGUCACUUUCUACAAAAGAUUAUUGUUGCGCACAUAAUUUGUUUUUGUGUUGUAAUACUUCCGUAAUUAUAAAAAAAAGAGCUGCAAUAAGAACUAGUGUUGAACCAGUUAAACAAUAUCCCAGUAAUUUUGAAAACCAGCAACAACAUUGAAAAUUAUUCUAAAGAAGGAUAGCGAUAGUGAAUAAAAAUGAAGCAAAUAAUGGAAUCAUUAUGCUGUAAUAGUAGGUAACAGAUAAGGGAGGACGUUAGGUAAGAAAAAAGCUUCUGUGAAGAUGGGCGCAGAUUUAUCUCAAUCAUACGUAUAAGAGAGUUGACAGUAAAUAACAAGUUUUGCUGGCAAAUUACACUAAUCGUGUAACUAACAAUCGAUUGCCAUUCUUCAUCGUUCGAAGGGAAAGGUAGAUGCAAAAAAGAACAUCCAAGUGGUAUUUAUAUUUAAAUAACUUUAGUGAAGCGCUGGAAGGUGAUUAACACGGAAAUAAAUCGAAUGGUAUCCUUUUCCAUUCGUCAUCGAA